AUGAUCGGGGUCCUAUACGUGGAGUCUGCUGCUAACGCAUACUGCGACAGAGUCGAUUUGAAAGCCUGGUGCCUGAACGACACGCUCCUUGCAAACUGCACAAGUGACUGUGCGCACAACGUGUCAUUGACGUGUUACACUGACAACACAGUGAAUAUCCCAUUGACGUGUUACCCUGACACAGUGAAUAGCUCAGUGAAUGCCCCCCUCAAUAGGAUUGAGGAAUACAGGGCGUUCGAUGCCGAGAACGCUAGCCUUGUGUGUAAUGCCACUUCAUCAGACGAUGGCGUCUUAUCUGCCAAUAUUUCACUCUCAGGCGUUUGUGAUGAGUGGACGGGGGAAUCGGGGAAGCAGCACCCAGGACAUCAACGAUCGUCAGAACAGCACGGAUCAGCAUGGUACUCCGUAGACAUCCCAUCGCGUCCUGAUUCCGAACUCACUACCAAUCUGAGAGUAUCUGCGAGAGGUUCGGUGGUUCCAACAUUGAAGGAACUCCCCGAUGGUUUCAGGAUAAAAGGGUUUGGCAGCGACAUACUUGAGGUGGAGGUUCGCGACGAAGCGGGAAUUCUCGUGACUGACUUCUCAGACAAUCCGGUCUUGCUCAAUUUCACAAUUGACUCGUAUGAUCCUGAAGAAGUAAAGCCGGUGUGUUGCUUCGAGCAGGAAUCCAAUUAUUGGUCAACUCAAGGCUGCAGAAUAAGCAGCCAGAAAGCCAACUCUGUACAAUGCAGCUGCAACCAUCUGACGAGUUUUGCCAUACUGAUGCAAACCACUGAGGUGCAGCUGAGUGAGGCAGAUGCCCGGAUGUUGGACAUAUUGACCAAGAUCGGGCUAAGUCUGUCCAUCACUUGCCUCGUUCUGACAUUGUUGGUGUACGCCCUCUGUCGAUUGAAAAGCCUUCGGAUUGUGAUACAUGCCAACCUCGCCUUCGCACUGUUGCUUGCACACACCGUGUUCUUGUUCAUCAAUACACCCAACCAAGCCGGCUGCGCAACAGUUGCCGUGUUCCUGCAUUUCUUUCUGUUGGCAGCUUUUUCUUGGAUGGCUCUAGAGGGCGUUUUCCUUCUAAUAAAGUCCACCCCCACCUUUCAGUUGAGGAUCCGCAUGCCGGUAUGGCUGGCCGUCGGUUGGGGUUUGCCAGCUGUGGUUGUGCUGAUAUCUGUGGCGGCCCGGUUCAGUGGAUAUUUGAACAGUCAAUACUGCUGGUUAUCCUUCGAAAACGGGUUUGUCUGGUCGUUCAUAACUCCAGUAAUCAUCAUUAUGAUUUUCAACGCGGUCAUUUUGAUUCGGCUGAUCUUCAUAUUCAUGUCGCUUCAAACCAAUAAGAAGAAAUCGGAAGCACAGAAAAUGAAGGCGGGUCUUCGGCUCGUCUUGAUCUUAGCGCCUUUGCUUGGUCUGCCAUGGAUCAUCGGCUUGCUGUAUUCGAACCAACACACGACUUUCUUUGCAUACGUUUUCGUCAUCUGCAACUCACUUCAAGGCGUGUUCUUGUUUGUGUCUCAGUGCCUGUUGGACGAAGAGGUGCGGCAUAAAUUGAAGUUACUCAAAUCAAAGAGGUCAUCGAAGGUCAUUUCACUGACGUCAUCGUCAAACGCGCAGGAGAAAUCAUCGAAAGAAACAAUUGUUUUGUCGAGAUCAUGCAGACAAGGCGGAGUCCUGACCGUGUCACGUGGAGGCGUGUCCAGACGCGCAGAGUCAGCAAAACUCAGACUGGGCACAGACAUGCAGGAAGUUCACAUCAACGAAAAGCAAGAAACACAGAAGCAGUCGGCACCCUGUGUUCCAUCCUAUGACGUCGGGUACAAACAUGAAGACUUUGAAAAGAACAAACCCGACCUCAUCAAGCAGCUGUUUAAAGUACAGGACAAGAGAGAUCAUGGUGAACAAUUUGAGUUCGUGACCUCAGAAUACUCAGUUUUGAAGAAUGAAAUUGGCGACAAGGAUGGAACGGACCUGACCAGCCAAUUGCCUCGUACUCCCGACGCAGAAGCGGCAAGUGUGCAGGAUGACUAUCCGGAGAUACGGCCAUCUACACAGGAAACCGAUAUUACAGACAGUGAAGAUCCAUGGGAGCCAGGGGUCGUCAAGGAAUGCUUUGCCGAACAUAAGGGCGAACGCCGCUAUAACACACGCGUCAGAGGCGAAUGGAAGAAACAAGUCAAGCUGACAAAGAUGUGGAGAUACUAGGAAUUUGGUUUCCUGACGGUUUGCAACUCUCAAACCGUCACUCCAUGCCUUGCACCUAACCAUAUAGAUGUAUACCCAUGCUUUACUUUGUUCCGAUUUUAGGCGUCUGAAACCCGUCCGAAAAAGGGCUUUUAUUUUAUGCACAAAUGACAUGCUGUACGAGAGUCAAGUCUGGCAUUGUCUGGCAGCCAAUUGUAAUAAUACUAAUUAUGUAAAGAAAUAUUUCAAUAGUUAAACGUCGGUAAAUAUGUAUGUGUUCACUGUCUCAUUAAAAAUGCUAAGCAAGCGCGUAUCCAGAGGGGGGGGGGGGAU